AUGGAGGAAUCUUUCAAUUAUGAAUACCCCCAUGGCAAUGAGGAAGAUGUCAAUGUCCCGUCGUUGAUCUUCCCGCCUGCGUUCCCUGCCCCCCCAUCAGAAUCAUCGUGGGACGGCCAUGGGUUCGAAUAUGCGCACUUUACCAGAAAGCCUACGUUCCAGUUAGCACGCUACCUCUACGACAGGCGUGACUGGAUCCAAAACAGAGACCCCGACGUGAGGCUUCGUAGCUUGGACUACUUUAGCCAAAGCUCAAACUCAGUGCACUCAAGCCCAUUGAUCAGCGCAUUCAAUCCAAUUCGAAAUGCUAACGCCUACCCCCCAGAACAACUUCAGGGCAAAGCCUGGUCCGAUUCAGAUCUGCUGUAAGUUGGCAAAGCAUGGGCUGCAAUACCUUGCUAACAACUUGAAUCAGAUCCAAUUCGCUGGCAGAUUUCGAAAAUGCAGUCAUUGGUGUCGAAGCAACGAGUUACCUCCAAAACCUCAUUGAUAACCCACCUUCCCACGAACCCCUUCUCGCUGCCCUUGGUGGAGAACCCAUGACCUUUAGACAUUACAUUGAGUCGGAACUGAAGCUAUGGAAAGAGAAUAAGAUGAAGCCACUGUUUGUCUUUGACGGCCAAACGAAUGUCGGAAAGGAUGAAAUGGCAUUGAAGAGAGCCCAACUUGCACUUAAACAAACACAGCAUGCAUGGACCUUAUAUGGCGAUAACCGUCCGGAUGAAGCAGUCAAGGCUUUUGGGGCGUCGGGUAUGACCAUGAUUGCUUUUUGUGGAUCGCCAAUUAAUACUUCAUAGGAGCUGCUCGUGCGCAAGACUUAUAUAGACUACUUCAAGAAAUCCUUACGGAGCAGGGCUUGGAAUUUGUCAUUGCUCCUUUCGGUGCUUGUGCACAAGUAAGUAUCCCGGACACUUCCCGUCAUUGGCGCGUGUUGCUGAUGCCCACAUCAGCUAGCUUAUCUCGAGUCACUCGAGACACAAUACAUUGACGGCAUUAUGGGAUCGCAAGAGCUGCUCCUUUAUGAUAUUGAUGAUUGUAUUCUCCUACCACCUUCGGCUGCACACUGGGACAGCAAGAAGAUUGUUGGCAUCUCCAAAUCUGAAAUCAUCAGAAGACUAAACGUCACACCGGAAGUCCUUGCCGACGCACUACUGAUGAUUGGAACAUCAUUCCUUCCCCCAUUUCCACCACUCUCGGACCGUAAUAUUAUCUCUCUACAACCAUUCACGGUCAAGGAUGCCGCCAAUCUUUUGCGAACAUCGGAAAAAUCAGUUAAUGCAACUUGUGCUGCUUUCAGUGAUAUUUUGCAGCUACAAGACCCAAAUUGGCUCGACAAAUUCCGAAAAGCAAAGAUGAUUGUGAAGCAUUGCGGGACGGUGCGAGAAAACGGUGAUGUCCAGAUUAAAGACUUUGAUCGUCUGACUGUGGAUAACCGAGAAUACCUGGGGAUGCAAUUGCCGGCCGAAUUAUACUACUAUCUCUCGAAAGCUCUCAUUGGGCCCCGAAUCAUGAACAGCUUUCUCUUACUCGGGUCUUUGGUUCUCCCAACUUUUGAUGGUGUCGUCUCUGACGAAUACCGAAAACUUGUCGGGAGUACUCUCGUGCCGCUGAAAGAAACUGCGACAACCUUGAUUGUGUCACGAAUUCAUCGUGCAUUCCAGUACAAGGACAUUACAUUGAAAUUCUGGUUCGAUGAUAAUUUCAAAGCAACCAUGGUUCCCAAGAACCUGCUACUGCAAACACCAACCAACAAGCAAGCUGAUUCUUGGAAAGUCAAGGAAUCCGUUCUACAAGAGGCAGAAAAGGCUACUGGACUUUCCGCAGGGACUCUUUCAUUUGCCCUCAUAUCGUUACUGGAUAAUGACUUCCCUUCCAAGACAAUCACUGACGACAAGGACGUUAAAUUAGAGACAGAGUCCGAGAUUGUUUCUAAUGUACUGUGGCGCGUGCUUCAUCUGAGAGGUUAUAUCAACGAUGAACAUAAGUUGACGAGUUGGGGAAAGGCGCUAGCGACUACUCUCAAGGCUGUUCGUGGAGAUGUCAAGGCUUAUAAAGACAUACAUCAUAUCCAAGAAGCAGCAUUCCUCGCCUUUGAGCUCCUUCGAUUCGAUAAUCUCAACUCACGCAACCGUCACUCGGAACUCAUUGGCGGACCUUUGAGAGGCGAUGAUGCUGACAAGGCAAGCUGUAUACUCAUUGGUCGUACGGCAUGUCUUUUAAAGAUCCGCCAUAACAACGUAGGAUACACAGGACCACUGAGCAAGAACCUCUUAUCAUUCUAUUCAAUCAUCAAGGCUGUUCGUGAGACAGACCGAGACUUGGUAGAGGCAGCAGCAGCUUCCAUGUUCUUGAACGGCCACGGUAAUCGAGAGCGCAAAGAUUUCGCCAAGAUCGGCAAAUCGUAAGUGACCCCUUUCCAUUUUCCUUCGAAAUGAUUAACUCGUACUAGUCUCCCACUUUCCACCGAUAUCGACAUCGCCUUCGGUAUUGCAGUCAAGACCUACCUCGAUGAUUUCGUCGAGGUCAACGCCACGGCCGAGGAGAAGGCGAUCAAGAAGCCCAAGUACAUUGAUCGAUAUCUGCCGUUUGCAGUUAAUUGGCCCGAGGAUCUUCAAGUUGCAAUGAACUUCUUUGAUGCGUUACAUGCGGGGGUCAAGACGUUAGAGGGAGGUGAGAUUCCAGAGGCGGAUCGGAAGGCUUGGGAUGAGGCGGGGGCUUGGUUGGCUGCUAGGAAGUAG